UUCACCUGCAGACCAGCAGCCAGAGGAAGCCAUGGAUGACACAAAAUGACAGGAAUAAAACGUGAACCAGCAUCAUUUUCUCCACAACGUCAAAGAGAAGGUUUAUCUGGCAAAUAAAUCCAAUCUGACAGCGCCUUUGCAUCAUGAGACUGGAUUGUUAAUAUACAUAGAGAGACAGAGCUAAGCUUUAACUGGGAGGAGGAGGAGGAGGAGGAGAGAGAGGGAGGGUGUGUACAAGGAGAGAGAGAGAGAGAGAGAGAGAGCAUCGAGUCACCAGGAUAGGCUCCACCAUCCACAGACUGUAAGGUACAAGUGCCACAAGGAGACUAUAUUCCUCUGAAAUAAUGGAUGGGACAAAGCCUGCCAUGGAGUCCAACGCGGAGGAGACUCAGGACGAGGGACAAGAGAGCAAAGGAUGCUUCGAGUGCUGCAUCAAGUGUCUGGGCGGGGUGCCCUACGCCUCGCUGGUGGCCACCAUCCUCUGCUUCUCAGGCGUGGCUCUGUUCUGCGGCUGCGGCCACGUGGCGCUGACCGGCACCCUGACCAUGCUGGAGAACCACUUCUCCAGGGUCACCACGGACCACGCCACCCUCGCCAUGGUGAUCCAGAUCUUUCAGUACAUCAUCUACGGCAUCGCCUCCUUCUUCUUCGUCUACGCCAUCAUCCUGCUGGCUGAGGGCUUUUACACCACCAGCGCCAUCAAGAAGGAGCUGCAGAGCGACUUCAAGACCACCGUCUGUGGACGCUGCAUCACUGCCUUCUUCAUGUUCCUGACCUACAUCCUCGCUCUGGCCUUCCUCGCCAUCUUCGGCUUCACGGCGAUACCCGUCUUCCUCUUCUUCAACAUGUGGAAUACCUGCGCUGCCAUGAAGUCUCCGGACGCCAACAUCACCUCGCCUGACUCCAUCUGUGUGGACAUCAGGCAGUACGGUGUUAUUCCCUGGAACGCCACUCCGGGUAAAGCUUGUGGAGCCACUCUGGGAGACAUCUGCAACACCAGCGAGUUCUACCUGUCCUACCACCUCUACAUCGUUGCGUUCGCCGGCGCCGGGGCCACCGUCAUCGCAUUGAUCCACUACCUGAUGAUUCUGGGGGCCAACUGGGCCUACCUGAAGAGCGCCGUCUCCACGCACGAGUACCAGGACAUCAAGACCAAGGACGACCAGGAUCUGGAGGCCGAGGCGCGCUCCAAGGAGGGCCAGAACUCCUCCUCCUACUCAUAAGGAUGAGCGAUCCUCACCCGACGCCACCCAUCUCCUCUCCCCUCCUCACCCCCUACACCCCCCUUUCCCUCCGUUGAAAACAAAACCACUUCGGUCAUGUUUGAUAGUUCCCCCCCCCAACCUCCUGAUCCUCCAUCCUCUUCCCUUCCACAAAGAGUCGUGUGCUCACGCCAGAAGGGAGGAGAAUAGAGGAUCGGGAGACGCGGUGGGCCCUGACGGAGGUAGAUGCUUCAGAACGGUCGAGCUCGCCCCGCCCGGGUUUCGAGCUCAGGUGCGUUACAAUCGGUUUCAGAAGCGUCCCUCCCGCGUGCUUUUUUUGGGGGGGCGGCGGCGGCUCGUGAACGUGCCCCC